GUGAAGAGGGAAGGGUAUGCUAAUGUUUACAACCAGCGGGCUGUCAAUAACUCGAUCGUAACCACGGAUCGAUCGAGUCUCUAAUCUCCCUCGUGGUUGUGGAGACGAGGAACUGAUGGUGUGAGAUCAAUGACUCCUUCCCACGUCCAGGCUGCUGUUUGCUGUGGACCCCCCUGCUCCGUGUUGGCUGUGCACAGGGACUCUGAGCUGUCGUCCAGGAACACAACAGGGUCCCGAUGGAAUGGGUGUUCAUCAUGAACCGGAUGAGCUCUCAGGGUAGCGCUGCAGCCCAGCGCAGGCGGAUGGCCCUGGGGGUUGUGAUUCUCCUACUGGUGGACGUCAUCUGGGUCGCCUCGUCAGAGCUGACCUCAUACAUUUUCAAGCGACAGGAGUACAACAAGCCCUUCUUCAGCACGUUCACCAAGACCUCCAUGUUCGUGCUGUACCUGCUGGGCUUCCUGCUGUGGCGGCCCUGGAGGCAGCAGUGCACCGGCUCUCUGAAACGCCGCCACUCUGCAUUUUUUGCUGAUGCGGAGGCCUACUUCGCACCGUGCACCACUGACACUACUGUGAACAACCGUUUGAGUGAACCACUGUAUGUGCCUGUGAAGUUCCAGGAUGUACCUGCUGAACAAUCAAAUUAUUUGACUGGAGAUUUUCAAACUUCAGCUACCAAAAAGCAGCGGGUGCGUUUCAGUAACAUCAUGGAGGUGCGUCAGCUGCCCUCCACUCAGGCUCUGGAGGCCAAGCUGUCCCGCAUGUCCUACCCUGCUGCCAAGGACCAUGAAGCCAUGCUGCACACGGUGGGCAAGCUCACCAUCACUGAUGUGGCCAAGAUCAGCUUCUUCUUCUGCUUUGUGUGGUUCCUCGCUAACCUGUCCUACCAGGAAGCCCUGUCCGACAUGCAGGUGGCAAUUGUCAACAUUUUAUCCUCCACCUCAGGCCUGUUCACACUGAUCUUGGCAGCCAUAUUUCCCAGCAACAGCAGCGACCGCUUCACUUUGUCCAAGCUGCUCGCUGUGGCUCUCAGCAUGGGGGGUGUGGCGCUGGUGAGUUUCUCCAGCAUGGACAGCCCUGAUGAGAAAGGUGUCACAGGUUCCUUGUGGUCACUGGCCGGGGCGAUACUUUACGCUUUCUACAUUGUCAUGAUCAAGAGACGAGUGGACCGGGAGGACAAGCUGGACAUUCCCAUGUUCUUUGGGUUUGUGGGUCUGUUCAACCUGCUGCUGCUGUGGCCGGGCUUCCUCGUGCUUCACUACACAGGCUUCGAGGCCUUCGAGCUCCCCAGCCAGCUGGUGUGGACGUACAUCCUCAUCAACGGCCUCAUCGGCACCGUGCUCUCCGAGUUUCUCUGGCUCUGGGGCUGUUUCCUCACGUCAUCUCUCAUAGGAACUCUAUCACUGAGCCUCACCAUCCCGCUCUCUAUGAUGGCAGACAUUUGUAUGCAGAAGGUUCGUUUUUCUUGGCUGUUUUUCGCGGGCGCGGUCCCCGUCUUCCUCUCCUUCAUCAUUGCCACGGUCUUAUGCCACUACAACAACUGGGACCCCGUGCUGGUGGGGCUCCGCAGAGUGUACGCCUUCGUUUGCAGGAAACAUCGAAUCCAGAGACUGCCAGAAGACAGCGAGCUGUGUGAAAGCCUUAUCCCUCUGCACACUGUCUCACCCAACGAAGGAAGUGUGUGUUCGUGAUCCAACCCUCAGACACCAAGUGGCGAUGGUGGAUCUCGCUGAGUUGACAAUCUGGAAGCUCUCAGAGACAUUGAACUACCCCAGUGCCUCCUAUUGAAACUAUUUAUUUUCCACAGUGUUGCGACGGCCCAACCGAUUCUACAAUCUCUUUUUUUUGUACGUUCACAAAUCAGCCGUCACGGACUGAACUUCUGAUUUCUUCUUUUUUUAAUGUUUUCUGUGUGAAAAGAAACUCUAUGGUACUCAAGGUGCUGGACAUGAGCAGUGAUUACUGUCGUGUCAUGUGACCAAAUGAAAUGGUAAAUGUUGAACUUGAUCUUAACACUAAGUGGAGCAGUUGUGCGUGCGUGUGUGUCUGUGUGCGUGCGUGCGUGUUUGUGGGUUGAAAACCUUGGAAAAGAGCUCCCAUCACUAUUUUAAGGACGAUGUAGCCUCUUUGUACUGGACUUUGUAAAUUAGUCCCUUUUUUGAUACUUGCUGCUUGUUUGGAAGUUCAUGCAGAUGUAAUGCAUUUCACAGUCUGGCCAUUUGCACAGUCACAGAGCAAACCCAGCCUUUCCUGAUGGUGUAAGAAUCACCAAGGCAGCAUAUUAGUGAAGCGCCUCUUUGAAGUGUGCACGGCGCUGCACCACCCUCACUAGAUUCAGCCCCUGCAGGAGUCAGUGCAGUUUGACUGACUUCGAUGGGCUAAUCGUGUCUUCAAGCUUUUCCAAUCAGCCACGUGAUGCACUUCAUGUUAUCCUAGCACAUGUGAACACUUUGUUUUCAUGACCAACGAUCAGUUCAAUUUAGAAAUGCAGUUUGAGUUCUUGUUACUCCGCCUCAGAGGCUUUUGGGCAGUCACAGGCCUCUGCAUGUGCUGGAAGGUAUUUUCCAACUUCAGACCUUCAGGUAACAACGGUAUUGUCCCGAUAGGAUUCAUCUUGCUUUCAAAAAUACAUAUUUUUGUCAGUGUGACACCAGCCUCUGUUGUUCUCUGUUGACUGAGUUAGUCUGACGCUUGUUUCCUCGUCUAACCGGGACUCAAACAGGAUUUUAAUACUCAAAUAGUAUUUCUUAUAAAAGGCACAAGGGGGAGAUGUUGACAUGUUUGAAAACUUGAUUUUCACUGGAGGGGGAAUAAUUAGACAGAAUCAAUGGAGAUUCUUUGAGCUGCUAAUUAUCUUCUCCAUUGCCAGUUUAAAAGAACUCUUUACCUCUUUGAAAGAAUACCAACAGAAUCACUUUAGUUAACAACAGGUCACCUCAAAAAAUGUCACUGAUGUUUUAGCUGCAAAUUAUUUAAAUUCCAAAUUUACUUUUUAAUGCAAGAAAUGUUAAUUUAAGAGUCUAGACCAAUACGUACAAUAUUACUACUUCUAUUAAGCGUUGUUUUAAAUUCUUGCAGAGGGAAACGGCAAUAAGCAAUAAAAUAUGAAUCUGUGAAAAUGAAUGAAAGUUGGUGAAAAGUAAUGAAAUGGUCAAAUCAAAACUAAAGGAAGGAACCCUGCAGCUGCUGCCAUGUUGGGCAAGUCCAUUUCUGGAGAGAGACCAUUAAGGCUUCUGCAUCAUCUUCUUCUUCUUUGGUUUUAGUCUCAACUUCCUGCAGUCACACUACAAACGGUUGUUUUCACUCUGCAGACGAAACCCAAACCACGGCUCAGUUGAAUCCAGGCCUGUAUCAAGGGUCUGCACCAAAUGAGCAUCUUUACAAUGAGAGUUAACGUUUAAUCAAACAUUUAGAAAAUCAAUCUUUAACGUCACCUUUUGGUAUCGAACGCGACAGACGAGCGAUGUUCUUGUUUUUUCUCUUCGUCCCUUUGACAGUGCUGGAGCCUGGAGACAAGCUGUGACAGAGACAGAAAGUUUGUGUUGAGCAACAAGUCGUCAAAACUAUAAGCUACAAAACGUCUCGCUGCAAUAAUGGUUCGUGAUUGGACGAGAGCUUUCCUCUUCUGUCCACAGUGAAUCAUGGGCAGGGUGUAGAUGUUUGUGAACACUACAGAUUUAUCCUCUGAGAUGACGUCUCAGUUCAUAUUCAAUGUAUUUUUCUAAAGGAUACCUGCAGGAGGAAGGGUUUGCAUUAAAGUCUCUUGUAGUUUAGAUUAGGUCUCAUCAGUUGGACAGAAAAAUGAUUUAUUUACUGUUUGAGAGUUUGAAUGUGACGAA